AUUGGUCAGUGCCGGGAGCCUCGCGGCCUUGUUGUUUUGUGCCCGUGGAACCGGCCGCCGGAGUUCGAGAGGAUAGCAGUUUGGAGCCUAGUAGACACGGGGAUUGUCCCAGCUGAGUGGCUCUUUCACUAUCGCACAAGGAUGCCCGCCUGCAGUCUGUGAGCCGGAGCAGCAUUGCUGACCGAGGCCAGCAUUCGUGCUUUUCCCUUAGAGAACUGCGAAAACAAGAUGUCCGCCCGGGCGGCCGGAGUAGUGGGCAAGACGACAGUUAUGGAGGAAACGGUGAUCUGGGAACAGCAGACAGUUACACUUCACAGGGCUCCUGGAUUUGGGUUUGGAAUUGCCAUAUCCGGAGGAAAAGAUAAUCCACAUUUCCAAAGUGGGGAAACUUCAAUUGUAAUUUCUGAUGUUUUGAAAGGAGGCCCUGCUGAAGGAUUGCUACAUGAGAAUGAUCGGGUCGCGAUGGUUAAUGGAGUUUCAAUGGAUAAUGUUGAACAUGCUUUUGCUGUCCAGCAGCUACGGAAAAGUGGAAAGAAUGCAAAAAUUACAAUUAGGAGAAAACGAAAAAUUCAGAUGCCAGUCUCAAGACCGGAGCCAGACCGUCAGCCCAUUUCAGAACCUGAGGAUGACAGUUAUGAGGAAGAGGAAGUGUACGAUCGAAAAAGUGGAAGAAGUGGACCAAGUCCCUACAGUGGGAGGCGGAGUGAGAGGAGCAUUGGGAGGAGAGAAGGGAGCAGAGAGAGAAGCUUGUCACCAAGAUCAGAACGACGAUCAGUGUCAUCAAAUCUUCCACCAAAACCCAUCAAAGUGACAUUGGUCAAAUCUAGGAAGAGUGAAGAGUACGGUCUGCGAUUAGCAAGCCACAUUUUUGUAAAGGAGAUUUCAUCAGAGGGGCUGGCUGCCAAGGACGGCAACAUUCAUGAGGGAGAUGUAGUAUUGAAGAUCAAUGGUACUGUGACAGAAAACAUGUCACUAGGAGAUGCAAAGAAGCUAAUUGAGAGGUCAAAGGGGAAGCUUAAAAUGGUGGUGCAGAGAGAUGAGAGAGCCACUCUCCUUAACGUGCCUGAUUUGGAUGACAGCAUUCCCUCUGCAAAUGCUUCUGAAAGAGAUGAUAUUUCAGAAAUUCAUUCAUUGGUAUCUGAUCAUUCCAACCGUUCAAAUGAAAGACCACGGCUACGCAAUCGUUCACGUUCGCCAGACAAACGGUCAGACUGGUCUGACCAUUCACACCAUUCUCCACAGCCCAUCAGUAACGGGAGUCAAAGAUCUCGUGAAGAUGAUGUGAUUAGAGGACCCAAGGCUGGAGCUGUGUCCACACCAGUGAAAAAUACCGAAGAGUUGUUUGUAGCUAAAGCUGUCGAAGAGCCUAUGACUGCAGUUGUUGACGAGAGAACAGAGAAACAGGUUCCUCCAUUACCAGAACCGAAGCCUGUGUAUGCUCAACCUGGUCAGCCUGAUGUGGAUUUGCCUGUUAGCCCAUCUGAUGCACCUAUUCCAAACUCGUCGCAUGAUGAUGGAAUGUUGAGACCAAGUAUGAAGCUUGUGAAGUUUAAGAAGGGCGAAAGUGUUGGGCUGCGCCUGGCUGGUGGAAAUGAUGUGGGAAUAUUUGUUGCUGGAGUAUUGGAAGAUAGUCCUGCAGCUAAAGAAGGUUUAGAGGAAGGAGAUCAGAUCCUCAGAGUAAAUAAUGUGGACUUUGCAAAUAUCAUCCGUGAGGAAGCUGUCCUGUUCCUGCUUGACCUUCCAAAAGGAGAUGAGGUCACUAUUCUUGCACAGCAGAAGAAAGAUGUUUACCGGCGUAUUGUGGAAUCUGAUGUGGGCGAUUCUUUCUACAUACGGACUCACUUUGACUAUGAAAAGGAAUCGCCGUAUGGUUUAAGUUUUAACAGAGGCGAGGUAUUCCGAGUGGUGGAUACACUGUAUAAUGGGAAGCUGGGUUCCUGGCUUGCAAUUCGAAUUGGCAAAAACCAUAAGGAGGUGGAAAGGGGCAUCAUUCCAAACAGAAACAGAGCUGAACAGAUGUCUAGUGUGCAGUACACACUACCCAAGACUGCUGGUGGGGAUCGGGCGGACUUUUGGCGGUUUCGUGGACUUCGUAGUUCAAAGAGAAAUUUGAGAAAAAGCAGAGAAGAUCUUGCAGCUCAGCCAGUUCAUACCAAGUUUCCAGCUUAUGAGAGAGUAGUCCUUCGAGAAGCUGGUUUCCUGAGGCCAGUAGUCAUCUUUGGACCUCUUGCUGAUGUUGCUCGAGAGAAACUUGGACGGGAAGAACCAGAUUUGUACGAAAUUGCAAGGAGUGAGCCCAGAGAUGCUGGCACUGAUCAACGCAGUUCUGGAAUUAUUCGACUACAUACAAUCAAACAAGUCAUUGACAGGGAUAAGCAUGCAGUAUUGGACAUUACUCCAAAUGCAGUGGACCGUUUGAAUUAUGCACAGUGGUACCCAAUCGUAAUUUUCCUAAAUCCUGAUUCCAAACAAGGUGUUAAGAUCAUGCGGCAAAGACUUUGUCCCGAGUCCCGAAAGAGUGCUAGAAAGUUGUUUGAGCGUGCUUUGAAACUACGUAAAAACAAUCAUCAUCUAUUCACAUCUAACAUCAAUUUGAAUUCGAUGAACGAAGGCUGGUAUGGGGCUCUGAAGGAAUCUGUUCAGCAGCAACAGAGCCAGUUAGUUUGGGUCUCAGAGGGCAAGGCUGAUGGUACAGCAGAGGAUGAUCUUGACUUGCACGAUGAUCGCUUGUCAUAUUUGUCAGCUCCAGGCAGUGAGUACUCUAUGUACAGCACAGACAGUAGACACACUUCAGAUUAUGAUGACACAGAUACUGAAGGUGGUGCCUACACUGACCAAGAAUUGGAUGAGACUCUCAACGAUGAAAUUGGUCCUACAGAAUCUGCCAUAACUAGGUCCUCAGAACCUGUACGAGAUGAUUCGUCAAUGAUGCACUCUGAGUCAAUGGCGCCGGCCUUCCCAUCCUAUCCAGUACAAGUUCAGAGAGUGGACUCUCCUGUGUACAAGCCUUUGUCUAAUCAACAGAAAGCAGAUAUUCCUUCUGCAGUCCCUAAUUCAUCCCAGCAGCUUGAAUCAAUUUCUGUGAUGACUGUGCCCUCUAGAGUCAAUACCAUAGUAGACCUAAGUAAUGUGAGACAAGAGGAGAAUGCUUCUCCUCCCCACAGCAGCCCUGAGUCCCAGAUCAACUCUUACAGAAAACCCAGUCCUGAACUACCUCAUGUUAUUGAUUCCAUCAGUCCUGAGAGGCUGAGAGAUCCAGAACCGACAGCAACUCGAACUGCAGAACCAACAAAGAUAUACAAAAAAGAUUCGUACAACAAUGAACUUCCAAGGCAAAGUUAUGACAUCAAGCAGCCAGUAGGCAACCAUCCUGCACUGAGAAUUGAUAAAGACCGACAAGUUUAUGAACCACAACAUCAGAACAUUGAGGAACAGACACGUUAUAGAAAUGGAUCUCAAACAAAAUAUGAGCAGCAGCUCUCCCCAAGUUUUGGACCUAUAUCGCAUUAUGAGGAAAGUUUACGUGGUUACAAUGAUAAGUGGCUACACUAUAACGAAAAACCUACUCAACAUGACCAACCUCCACCUUAUUUUGAGGACCAGCAUCCACUUGACUAUGAUCCAAAGCACACUGAACAUUAUCCAGAUCGUGACUACCAUCCAGUUCAUGAAGAGCUGCCAUUUACAGGCUAUGAGAAUAGAAUGCCACGUUAUGAAAAGCCAGUUAAAAGCUACAAACCUUCACAGCCACAUUACAAUGGUCAACUCCUUCAUGGCUAUGAUCAACCUCUUCAUAGCUAUGAUCCUCGUCCUCAAUAUGAACCUGAUCCUCAAGCUUUUCAUCCACCAACCUCCAAGUCUCCGGAAUCACAACAGCAGUCUUUUGAGUCCCAAGUCAGAAGCUAUGACCAGGGCCGAUCCCAAGAAUAUAAUUCCCUCCCUCAGCAAUUUGAACCAGUCCAGAACACAGAUACCUUUCCUCCUCCUCCACCUCCUCACUCUAAAGGUGCUGAGUCUGCACAUUCUGUUAGUAAGCCAUUGCCUCCACCACCCAUAAAGCCAAAUGUUGAUGAGGAUGUGGAUCCAGCAAUGAAGCCACAAUCAGUGCUUACCCGAGUGAAACUGUUUGAAAGUAAAAAGUCCAUUUCAUCAAAGGCCAAGGACCCCACCGAAAUAACUUCAGUGAGGCCACCUGAAGUAGCUCCUAAACCUGUGUUAGUUCCGGUCGCUCCUUCCAAGUCAAUUAUUCAGUCAACACCAGAACAGGAGAAACCUUCGCACUUAUACAGAGGUCCUGAAACACAGAUGAAACUUCCAGAAGAAGCUCCACGAAUAAAUCAUUACAGCGCAGACGAAGAUGAGGAAGAUUAUAGGAAGCAGUUGUCUUAUUUUGGCCGCAGAAACUUGGAACAAAAGCCAGCAACUCAGCUUCCUGCCAACAGCCAUCCUGAAUCUGUGAAAUCAUCAGAACCUGUACUUCAGUCUAACUACACUGGAUACUUACCCAGGAGUACACAAACAAACUUCGAUCAUGUUAUCAAAUCUAGCAUCAAUGAGAAGAAAUAUGACUCUGUAUCACAAUUGCCCGGCCUUCAGUCACGGUACGGGCCACCACCACCAUCUAGUUUGAACUCUUCAGUGUCACUGCCAGUGCAUCCCAAGCUUUCUCCACCUGAAGUGAAUUCAAUGCCUCGGGACAUGCCCAGUCUUCUACAGUCAAAGCCAGAACUCCCUCCUCCAAGCAAGGCUCAAGCUUUCAGAUCUACUGCUCGAGAUGAAACUGUUCAUUCAAAUUUUUAUCCGCAGAAAAGUUUUCCUGUUUCUGAAAGAGCCCCUGUAAAUGGAAUGGAGCAGACCCAGAAGCAAACAGCUGCAGCAUACAAUCGAUUCACCCCAAAGCCGUACACAAGUGCCGCACGGCCUUUUGAGCGCAAGUUUGAGAGCCCAAAAUUUGAUCACAACCUCCUACCUAGUGAACCUCCGAUACAAACCAAACCAGAGCCACCCUCAAAAAUGCAUAGUUCUCCACAUCCUGCAGAUUUUGAUAGUGGCACUGACACAUUCCCCAAGCCGUCUGACCACAGAUCUAAAUAUCACACCAACAACAUCCACGCAGUACCUAAAGCCAUUCCUGUAAGCCCUAGUGCAUUGGAAGAUGAUGAUGAUGAUAGUCACACGGUAGUUGCAACAGCUCGGGGAAUUUUUGACAGCAAUGGUGGUGUGCUGAGCUCUGUUGAGACUGGAGUGAGUAUCAUAAUUCCAAAGGGAGCCAUUCCAGAAGGAGUGGAACAGGAAAUCUACUUUAAGGUCUGCAGAGACAACAGUAUCCUCCCUCCUCUGGACAAAGAGAAAGGUGAAACACUCCUGAGCCCACUGGUGAUGUGUGGACCCCAUGGCUUGAAGUUCCUGAAGCCUGUGGAGCUGCGCUUACCUCACUGUGCGUCUAUGACUCCAGAUGGUUGGUCUUUUGCUCUAAAAUCCUCAGAUUCCUCGUCGGGUGAUCCUAAGAGCUGGCAGAACAAAUCCCUACCUGGAGACCCUAAUUACCAUGUGGGGACAAAUUGUGUCUCAGUUUUAAUUGAUCACUUUUAAAGGUGAAAGUGGGUUAUUGACAAUUAUGUCAGGAUAUCUAGGCAGUGGAUGGAACACAGAUUUAAGCAAUAACCUGCUAUCUCACAAUCAAAAAGCAGGUUGUUGGACAAACUAAAAUGUAAAUGCUUACAUUCUAAAUUCUGUGAAAAGAAUUGCAGAUGAGUUUGAAGUGAUACAAGUCUGAAUUGUAACAUUUUCCCAGUUUUGAGUUAACCAGCAGGGAUGCCUUACAUUUAGUUUUGUAGCUGUGAUUUAAAAUACUAAAUAGAUUUUUCUACAUUCUAUAACUUUAGAAUCUUUACAUGUUUAUAAGGUAACCAUAUCCUAGUUUGAAUAUACAUGCUACUUUUCUAUGUCUUUUAGUUUGGCUUUGAGUGUGUAUAGUUGGUUGGCAGGAACUUCUGAACAAAUUAAGUUUGGAUGUCCUGCUAUGCUGUGGGAUUGGUAGAAAAGUUGCGAAGAUUUGUGGCUGUACAUAAACCCUGAUUUCACCUUGGAACUCGGUUUGUAAAUUAACAUUUUUUUAUGUCUUAUUUUGUAUAAAACAAACUGAAAAGAACUUUCUAAAGAGAAUCUUUAUAUUCUGUCGCUAUGAGGCCUUUUGAGCAGUUGUAUAAUUGCAGCAAUAAAAUCAACAUUUACAAUUUAAAAAAACAUUUAAAUUUCUACAGCUUUGUAAUAAUGUUGCUGUCUUCUUUGAGAAUGACGUUUUUCUGUGUAAAGGCACUGCGUCCUUUGUUUUAAGGCACUGUUUGGGAAUGUUGGAGUGCAAUGAGGGAUCUUUGAAUAAAGUGACAGGUUACUGUACUGUGUGCUGAAAAUGUAUUUUUGUACUAAUGGACAAUUUAUUCUGGCACAGCAGUACGUGGCUCAUUGGGGAUUCUAACAUGGCUUCUGUUAAUCACUUCACUUUCAAAUGGGGCUGACUUUAUUUCCUGUGAUUACUCAAAUUACACGUUUCUAAAUAUAUCAUUAUUAUUGAAUAAAACUCUUUUUAAAAUAUCAA